UCUUGAUAUAGCAUAACAUAACAUGUGGAAGUGGAAGACAACUUGAUUUUUUCAAUGAAAAUGAAGAUGUUGAGAAGUGUCGUGUUUGGAAUUUUAAAUAUUUGCUUCACAGAGGCAGUGCUUACAAAUGGACAAUACGCUGCAUACAGUCAGUGUGAUGAGAUAAGUGAGAGAGCAGCAAAGUUUACACCAACUAAAACAAUGGUCACCAGGAGUAAGUUGCACUGCAGUUUAAUGUGUGAAGAAACACCAUUUUGCUUGGCAUAUAAUGUUGGCUCUGUAAUGAACCAAGCUGGUGUCUCAUGCGAAUUACUUGAUGCAAAGAUAUCCUCAUGUGGUGAUUUAGAAUAUCGUUUGAAUUUCAACUAUUAUGAGCAUACGAUGAGGCAGCCACAAACUACAACAACUACACUGGCUACAUCAACAAUUCUAACAACAGAGGCUGCAACAAUGACUACACCAACAACAGCAACUACAACAAUGACUACACCAACCACUGUAAAUCCAUGUCCAUCUCUCCCAUUUGAUGUGGUAACGGGUGGAGUACUAGAUGGAUCAAGUGUAUAUCUAACAGCAGAUAAUCACAACUACUACAGAUUCAAUGUAAACUCGGAUGGGACAGUAACCUAUGUCAGCAAUGGAGGUAACACAUGGGGUAUAUACAAUGGGCCCAUUGAUGACUACAGCCUUAGGGAAAUUGGAGAAUAUGACAAUAAUGGAGACAGUGAUGAUUUACAUAUAUUUCUCGAAGGCUCAAAAACAGUUCACUGUAUGGACAGAUUCUGGAACACUGACAGUGGGAGCGUUUGCAAUGCAUUUCCCCAAACCGCUGACUGGCUUUAUGGGGCAGGUACUCCAAAUAAUGUAGAUGCUGUCUUAGAAUACAGUGGAACACAGACGUACAUGUUUAAGGAUGAAACGGUGUACAUCUCUGAGCGUCUAAACUGGAAUAUCAUAGAGGGAAGUAUCACUGAUCAGUUCAAUCUUCGUGACCCUCGGUCAGAUAAUAUCUGGAUUAACAUACCACCGCAUAUUACAGGAAUCAGCAAUACUCAAUACACUGAUAUGUAUCUGCUUUUUGUAGGGAAUGAGUAUUGCACAUACAAUACACAGACCAAGGCAAUCGUACAUGGACCAGCAUGUUUAGUGAUAUAGCUAUAAACUGACAUAUUCAGAAACAAUACCUGUACAAAGAUUAUUUACACAACUUGCAUGUCACUCUUGGUAUCUUGUUCUAAAUUUCAUAGCAAUCGAGCACAGUAAAAACUAUGGGACAUAUAUGUAUAGAAUAUAAACAAUAUUUGGCCAACUGUAUUUGACUUAUUAUCAGGAAGGACAUACAUACAGACAUACGUACAGACAAAUGAAAGGGGGCCAUUCUCUAUACCCCCCUAACUUCAUUUGACAGAAGACCAAUUGGUUCAAAGCUAAUUACCGGAUGAAACUAAAAGGCUAUGAAACAAAUAGAAAAUAGAUUAAGUGAUACAAGUCCCAAUUAAUCAAUUACCUUUAUGACUCUAUUAAAAAUUCAAUGAGCCUAAUUAAGCUUUGUUUACUUCUGGUGUCAAAAUUGGCAAUUACUUGAAAACUGCAAGGACUCAGGAAAUGGUGAUGAUGGGUUAAAAGAGAAGAACAAGGUACAUGAUGUGAACAAAAUCACUUCAUCCAAUAAGCACAAAGAAGAAAACAGAACAGUUUUCCUGGAAUGACAUAUAAUAAUGUAAUGUAUAAUUUAUGCUUACUGGUAUUUGUCAUUGCGUAUAAAGUCCUGCUUGAUGUGAUUGGCUUCCAGGAAAUCCACUGAGGUCACCACUCCUAUAACUCCUUCACCGAGACUAUCAGAAGCCUAGGAAUAAAUAGAUUAAUCCUAAACUAAACAAACUAACAAAGUUAGCAAAUGGAACUUUUCAAAAGUGUCAAGAGCUGAUAAAUACACGAGGGUAUAAUACAUAGGGAGGUUUUAGAUAUGUGGUAUAUCCUGAUGGAAAUACAGAUACUUCACGAGGGUCCAGUGAAAGGGUUUACAUUAAUAACAUUUUUGAACAUUUAAGAACAUUUUUGUACAUAUUUACAAUGUAAGACAAAUGAUAAGGUAUGACACAAGUUCAUCAAUAUCUCAAAAAUAUGUUAUGUGAAUAU